AUGGCCGACCGCUAUUCGUUUUCUUUAACGACAUUCUCCCCAAGCGGGAAGCUCGUUCAGAUCGAGUAUGCCUUAAAUGCUGUGAACCAGGGUGUAACGGCCUUGGGAAUUAAGGCUACCAAUGGAGUCGUCCUUGCCACGGAGAAAAAGUCCUCAUCACCUCUUAUCGAUUCCUCGUCCCUCUCUAAGAUCUCUUUAAUCACUCCAGACAUUGGCAUGGUAUACUCAGGCAUGGGGCCUGACUAUAGAGUGCUCGUGGACAAGGCCCGCAAGACAUCUCACACCGCAUAUAAGCGUAUCUACAACGAAUACCCGCCGACGAGAAUACUGGUGCAGGACGUUGCACGCGUUGUUCAAGAAGCCACUCAGUCCGGUGGUGUGAGGCCUUAUGGGGUCAGUCUUCUCAUUGCAGGAUGGGAUGAGGGUAUUGAACCAGAGACACCAGAAGCCCAGAGCUGGGAAACAGAUGCAGAGAAGAAGAAGGCUUCAGGUAAAACCGGCGGCAUCCUGAAAGGUGGCCCCAGUUUAUACCAAGUAGAUCCUAGCGGAAGUUAUUUCCCCUGGAAAGCUACAGCAAUUGGCAAGAGCGCAACUUCGGCGAAAACCUUUCUUGAAAAGAGGUAUACGGAAGGAUUGGAGCUGGAGGAUGCGGUUCAUAUCGCAUUACUCACCCUCAAAGAGACCAUUGAAGGUGAAAUGAACGGUGAUACCAUUGAAAUCGGUAUUGUCGGACCGCCGGCCGAUCAUCUGCUAGGUUUUGAAGGUGUAGAGGGCGCUCGGGGACCAAGAUUCCGGAAGUUGACGAAGGAGGAAAUUGAAGACUACCUGACCAAUCUAUGAUAGACGUUCCUAAUGACCUUUCCAUUUGAGCUUCGUUCCUCAGGGUCUUGUAAUGAUAGAUCUAGGUGUUUGGGGGAAAUCAAAC